AUGUCGGAAGAUGGGCUCGAUGAGGAGCUUAUUGCGCUGGUAGAUGAAGGUGCGUCGAGUCCGCCGUCGCGCGGCGCGUUGCAUCAAGCUUCGAGGUCUGGGAGACCUGCCCCCCAACUGGACGACUCGAGCGAUGACGAAGGCGACGCAGUAGAGACGUAUCCACUCGAAGGGAUCUACAAGCAUGAAGAGGAUCGCGAGUGGCUCCUCGGCAUGAACGAGCUGGACCGUGAAGAGGUGCUUGCACAGCGUCGGGAUGCCAUAUCGAAGCGGCACCAGCAGGCCCAGCUGGCCGCAAUGGUGCGCUCGCAACAGGCCGCGGCUGGGAAAUCGCGCCAGUCCAAGUCGAGCGAUGUUGAUCGCGCCAAGCGGCACAAGCGCUCGCACGAGGACGCGCGCAAAGAGCUUGAGGAUUUGGAUGACCCGUUUGCCGAGUCAGAAGACGACGUUUUUCGCGAGUCCGACUCGGAGGAAGAGGCGCCCGUCUCGACCAAAGCCGCAAAGCUCUCCGAGCUGCGCAAAAAGCGCACAGAGCGCCAGCGCCGACGUGCGCCGAGCGACGACGAUGAGCCCCGGAGAAAGACCCGGCGCAGCCGCGCGCGCAGUGACUCGGACUCUGCAUACGGUUCCGAUUCCGACUACGAGGCACGCACCUUUGUGCGUCACAGCCGCACUAGCGAGCACCCCGUAUUGCUCGCUGCAUCUGACGAGCCGCCCUCCCUGGAGCUGUUGAAUGCGAUCAAACUUGGUCGGGAUCAGCUGGAGCGCCUCGUGUUUAUGCCCAAUGCGCGCGACCGGAUCCGUGGCUGCUUUGUCCGCUGCUCUUGGGGAAUGCGCGAAAAACCACAAGGCGGGAAAGAGCCUAUAUACCGAGUCCACCAAAUCACAGAUGUACAGGAGCGUGAGAAGUGCUAUGAUGUGAGCAACGACGGUUCAGGCCGGUACUUUAACACCUACCUCACCUUCCGGUGGAACGGCAAGGACCACACGGUCGAUUUGCGACCGAUCAGUACACAGCCCAUCAGCGACUCGGAGCGCGCGCGAUGGGUCGCAGCGCAAAAUGGAAACCGUGUCAAAUUUCCCGAGGUAUGGGCCGUGCAGGACAAGCAGCGCCAGCUCGAAGAGACGUUAUCUGCGUCGCUUACGGAGGAGGAUGUAAAGGCCAUGGUGCUCAAAAAGCGUGCUCUGCGCUCCGCCGCAGAAGCGAGCGGUGCACAACGGCCGCGAUCCGCGCCGUCGCCCGUUUCCAACGUGCGCUACGACGAGCACGCCAUGGCGCAGAUCAACGAACGCAACCGCCGCGAGGACCGCGAGCGGAUCCAAGGGGCCGAGCGCCGGGCGCAGCAGCUGAAGCGCGCCGCGUCCAAAGCCAAGGAAACGGUGCCGCGCCCCGAUGCAGCCGCCGCCGUUUCCUCUGCACUCGCCGACGCACCGAGCGGCACGGCGGUCGUGGCAAACAUAGAUAUCGAUUUGGGCGAUUUCUAA